AUGUCGACUCAAUCAACAUCGCUCAGGGGUCUUAUGUCCCACACGCGAAUCAUUUUUGGGUUGCUGCCAGGACUUGGGGCCAUGAUCGUACUUCGAAUGGCCAUACACCUGUACAGACCAGAUAUAGAAGAUGUUGAAAAUCGGGUCAGACAUAAUUCUUUUCAAGACCUUUACGAUUGUUACGAUUUCAUUGUAAUCGGAGGUGGAUCAGCUGGUGCGGUGGUAGCAAGUCGACUUUCGGAGAACCCGAAUUGGAAAGUGUUAUUGUUAGAAGCAGGACAAGAUGAGAAUGUAUUGUCAGACGUUCCGGUGUUAUUUCCCGUACUUCAAACGUCUUCAAUUGAUUGGCAGUUCCUUACAGAACCCAGUGACAACUAUUGUUUAAGCAUGGUGGAGAAAAAGUGCAAGUGGCCUCGUGGGAAAGUCCUGGGUGGUUCCAGCGCCAUUAAUGCUAUGUUAUACAUAAGAGGCAAUAAACGAGACUAUGAUAAUUGGGAAUCUAUGGGGAACAUAGGUUGGAGGUAUAGCGAGGUUUUGAAGUACUUUUUAAAAUCAGAAGAUAUAAGAAUACCUGAGUUUUUAGAUGAUUCUUAUCAUGCAGUCGGUGGUCCUUUGACAGUAGAAAACUUUGCUUUCGAACAACCGAUAACUAGAAAAAUAUUGGAAGCCGCAGAGCAGCUUGGCUAUGCCAUUCGCGACGUAAACGGAGAAUUUCAAACUGGGUUUACUCGAUCCCAGGCUACUUUACGUGACGGCCUUAGAUGCAGUACAGCCAAAGGCUUUUUGCGACCUGCAGCUAAACGCCAAAAUCUGCACAUUAGUAUAAACUCAAUAGUAGAAAAAAUACUUAUAGAUGAAAAUAAAACGGCUUAUGUUAUAGGAAUGGGGAGCCUUAUAGAUUUCAGUAUAAACAAAAAAGGACCUUUGUACAGUAUGAUGGAAGCUGAAGCAAUGGCGUUCAUCAAAACAAAAUACCAAAACCCUGAUGAUGAUUACCCAGACAUACAACUGUUCAUUGCUCCAACAGCUGAUAAUAUGGAUGGAGGAUUGUUUGGGAAACGUGCAAAUGGUUUAAAUGAUGAUACGUAUGCUGAAUUGUAUGAAGAAAUUUUGUAUGAUUCGUCAUUCUCUGUGGUGCCCCUGUUGUUGAGGCCAAAGAGUCGUGGCUAUUUGAAGCUCAGGGAUGCGAACCCCUUCUCACCACCAUUAAUAUACCCUAACUACUACAGUGACCCGCAAGAUAUGCAAGUUUUGAUUGAAGGAGCUCGAUUCGUCCAGGAAUUGAUCCAGCAGCCGGCAUUACGGGCGCUAAAUGCACGUCCUAAUCCUCAUCGUAAUCCUGGAUGUGAGCAACACGAGUUGAUGUCUGAUGAGCACUUGGAAUGCCAAGCUAGACACCAUACACUCACUAUUUAUCAUCCAGUUGGUACCUGCGCCAUGGGACCACCUGAAGAUAAGGGGGCGGUUGUCGAUCCAAGACUAAGGGUUUACGGAAUUAAAAAUCUUCGAGUAGUCGAUGGUAGUAUAAUGCCAACGAUCGUGAGCGGAAACACGAAUGCACCAAUAAUCAUGAUAGCUGAAAAAUCUUCGGAUAUGAUUAAGGAAGACUGGAAUGAAAACAAUAGCGAGCAAACAUGUCCAGCACAAAACACACACUAUAAAGAAUCAGAGGUUUUCGUAGGAGAUGAACCUACAAAAAUUGAUCUCAAAAGUGUUCUACCAGAUUUAUUUAAUGAAACUGUUAGUUUCUUUCCACAUUUGGAUGACGGGACUGUUGCACAAGCUAUUAAAUCUCAUAACAAUGGAAAGUCGUUACUGAAAAAUAAGAAAGGAAAUGAUUUACGCACCAAAACUCUAAAUUUAGACACUAAACAGGGUACCAGAUCAAUGCUACCAUCUAAAUCAACCGUUGUCGGUGUACGGAACCCACCACGUGUCCCUCAGGAUCCUUUACGCAAAUAUUUGUAUAGCCCUCAAAAUAUUCGUGAUCGGAUCCAUGCUUAUGGCCAAAACUUUCUCACCAGCUCUGGAAAUAUUUUAAAUAACUUAACAAACCGCAAGCAAUUUCAUCCGUAUUUCAGGUUGCAGCCUAGAAGAAAAAUUUAUCGAAAUAUGCUGACGGAUAGAUAUCCGAUGGGGUAUUAUAACAAUAAUAGAAAUGGUGUAAAAGAUCCAUCAUAUUACUAUGAAACAGGUGAAAUUAUAACUGCAACCGGUCAGAAACAGUGUAAAAUUUGGUUAUACCACGACGGUGAAAAGUUUGAGCACAGUGUUAGUUGGUCACUGGCAACAGAUUUGUAUACUCCUGUAGUAGAACAAGCUGUAAAAAGAGUGCAAGAUGUCGUGGGCCUGCGACCCCGUAUUAACGAAUAA